GCCACAUCUUCCACUAAAAUGAUAAACCCGCUGCCGAGCCGGACAGACUAAGUGAGAACCUAGCUUAUUCCUGUCAAACUUAACAUCUUUUUUUCCACCUCUGAAAUUGUCAGACGGCAGUAAAACUCACCCGAGAUCUUGAAUUGUUCUCGUCUAUUUACAGUUUUAUCAACAGGAGGAGGUGUUAGGUUAGACUACUGUUACGUUAACGGUUAAAUUAGGCUGUAUGUGACGUAAUAAAGUGGGAAAGUGGACUUUUCAAACGGAACACUUCGGAUAGAGGAGCAGAGAAAACGGAGCAGUCAGCGACGUGGGGAGUAAAAGCACAGGGAGAGAGGAGAAGUGAAAGGAGAAGGUACAGAUACCAGCCCAGCGAUCUGCCUGCCUGACGGUGCUGUGUCAUGGGGAAACAGAACAGCAAGCUGCGGCCCGAGGUCCUGAACGACCUGAGGGAAAACACAGAGUUCACCGACCACGAGCUGCAGGAGUGGUACCGCGGCUUCCUCAAGGACUGUCCCACCGGCCACCUGACUGUGGAGGAGUUCAAGAAGAUCUACGCCAACUUCUUUCCCUACGGAGAUGCCUCAAAGUUCGCUGAGCACGUCUUCCGCACAUUUGACACCAACGGGGACGCCACCAUCGACUUUAGAGAGUUCAUCAUCGCCCUGAGUGUGACGUCCCGCGGCGGGCUGGAGCAGAAGCUGCGCUGGGCCUUCAGCAUGUAUGACCUGGACGGGAAUGGGUACAUCAGUCGGGCAGAGAUGCUGGAGAUAGUUCAGGCAAUUUACAAGAUGGUGUCAUCUGUGAUGAAGAUGCCUGAGGAUGAAUCAACACCAGAGAAAAGGACAGAUAAGAUCUUCAGACAGAUGGACAUUGAUAAUGAUGGUAGAUUGUCUUUGGAGGAGUUCAUUAAAGGUGCUAAGAGCGACCCGUCCAUCGUCAGACUGCUGCAGUCGGAUCAGGGAGCCUCUCGUCAGUUCUGAGGACAGAGACAAUGACAGACACACACUCUCUAAACCGCAAUCACAAACCACAUCCAUCCAGCUUCCUGCUGUUCAAUUGGUCGAGGCUCUGCCGUCCUAACGCCCCCAACAGACACUCCAUGUUUUAAUGUUUACUUUAAUGGAUACUUUUCUUUUGUGGCUCCUUUUCUGUGAACUAUGACGUGCUUUCAGUUCAGGUAUUGUGUGGUAUGCCUUGAAAAGGUUUUUACCUGUUCUCCAUAAGUGAAGUGCCAUAUCAUAUAUUUAUGCUCACUGGAUUACGUGCUCGCAAGUAUUAUGACUCCCAUUAUGUAUUACACUAGGAGGAAACUAAUUACAUUAGUUCAUAUAAUUUGAUUCAACGGUGUUAGAAAGUGGCUUAUUGUUGUUCAGGAUGUCAACUGCAGCUUAACAGUUGCUGUUCUUAACAAGUUCUAUAUGCCUUUGGUAUUGCAUGCGCUCAGUGAAUGAUAUGCGUUUUCCUGAUGAUGUAACAGUUUAUGUGAAUAAGGAGGCUCUGAUGGUUUUUAUUCCUUUUUAUUUUUGUAACAAAAAUGUUUUGUUUUCACACAAUUGAAAUAAAGUCGUGUAAGAAAAAUCUA